AUGGAGAAAGCUACGGAAGAACCCACGAACGGUCCCCCUCGUGUCACCAUCGACGAGAUGCUUGAGCGCUACCCACGUCGACGGGCCAAGGUAAUCCGGCAGUUUGAGCAGCAGAUCGACCAAGGCGUAAACGUGGAAAGUUGCCGUGAAGGCAUACAGUGGGCCCUCGAAAAUAUGUCACCAACCCGCCCAUUCGAUCCGGCGGAGCCCCAAGACUUACAUCCGGAUGUACUAUGGAGAAUCCAGUUUCUCAAGUACAUGUAUCUUGAUGGCGAUGAUGUCGACGAGGAAGAGUGGGUGAACUACCACGCUGUGCUCAAUGCAUACCGUAGCGGCCGCUUUGAUAUGGACCCAGAGAAGGUCACCGUGUGGUUUGCGGGAGAACUGAAGCUGAGACCCUUUCCGCGUCGCGAUUUGAACGAAGUGGCCAUAUCUAUGCAGAUUUCUGAAUGGCGAGCCGAGCUCGGGCACGGCAGGGUAUGGAUUGAAGAUUUCAGCCUCUCUGUGCGGCUAAUCGGGGCAACUGACUUCAUCAGCAUCGAUAACGUGCUGGACGAUACGGGGUCUGCUCCCCUGGAAAUCUUCCGGGAUGAUGCCGCGCACUUGGCCUCACCCCAACCUUCGCCCACUGGAGACCAUCCGUUCUCUUAA